AUGGGGACCCGAGGAGCAUCGAGUGCCGAGCAUUUCCUUCGUGCCGGUUAUGCGGUGAUUUUUUUCCACCGCGAAGAGUCUCUUAAGCCAUUUUCUCGAAAAUUUGUCAAUCUUUUUGCAGACAUCGAGGUCAUUGAUGGAAAGGCCAUUUGCACAGCGCCCGGAAUUACGGAGGCUGUCACCGAGCAACACAAAUACAAAGAUGAUCUUUGCAUGGUGCCUUUUGUAACCAUUGAUGACUAUCUCCAUUUGCUUGAAAAGUUGUGCGCUCUUUUAGCGAAUCAUGGUCGCUUGGCGUUGCUCUAUUUGGCAGCCGCAGUGUCCGAUUUCUAUAUUUCACAGGACAAAAUGCCAACUCAUAAAAUCCAAUCUUCUGACGGUGAUCUCAAUCUUUCCCUUUCGGUGGUUCCCAAAAAGUUGGGCAGCGUGAUCAGCAGCUUGGUCCCCGAGGCUUUUACCAUUUCUUUUAAACUGGAAACUGAUGAAUCGAUUCUCAUCAAAAAGGCUCGCGGAGCUUUGGAGAAAUAUGGACAUGAGCUAGUGAUCGGAAAUGUUUUGCAGAUGAGAAAAAGAAAGGUAGUUUUCGUGGAACUCGCCGCCGCUGAGCCUAUCGAACUUAGUGACAAUGAAGUAAAUGCUGGGGUGGAAAUUGAAACACGAAUUGUGGAAGAACUCGUAAAAAAACAUUCCGUUUUUAUUGAAAACCAU